UUCUUAUUUCUUAAAAUUCUUAUUUUUAUUUUUAUUUUUAUUGUCAAACACAUAUCAGAUUUUUAUCAUGACGACAAUAACAGAUAAUACCAUUUAUUCAUUUGAAGAUCUUUCUCCAGUUAAAAUUCCUAAAAGUCAUCUGUUUGGUUCAUGUGUUCAUGUUGGUGAUUAUGAAAAAUUGAAUAAAAUUGGACAAGGAACAUAUGGAGUUGUUUACAAAGCCAGAAAUAUUAAAACAAAUGAAAUACUGGCUUUGAAAAGAAUAAAGAUUGAAAAACUAAAAGAUGGAUUUCCUAUUAGCAGUGUUCGUGAGAUAAACAUUCUGCGAACGGUUCGUCAUCCAAAUAUUGUAGAAUUCAAAGAUGUAGUUGUGGGUAAAUCUCUUGAUAAUGUAUUUUUGGUAAUGGAAUAUUGUGAACAAGAUCUGGCAACAUUGAUCGAUUGCAAAAUUCAUUUCACCGAAUCACAGAUCAAAUGUCUAAUGCAACAACUUUUUUGUGGUUUAAAAUAUUUGCAUAAAAACUUUAUUAUUCAUCGUGAUUUGAAAGUAUCAAAUUUGUUGUUGACUGACAAAGGAUUAUUGAAAAUCGCUGAUUUUGGUCUUGCUAGAAAUUAUGGAUGUCCAGGCGAUCCAAUGUCACCCUGUGUAGUAACAUUAUGGUAUCGAGCACCUGAAUUGUUAUUCCAUUCGAAUUAUCAUUCGACAGCUAUUGAUAUGUGGGCAGCGGGUUGUAUUUUUGGUGAACUAUUGUUACAGAAACCAUUACUACCUGGACAAAGUGAAAUACAACAAAUUGAUUUGAUCAUAAAUUUAAUAGGCACGCCAAAUGAUAGAAUAUGGCCAGGGUUUAAUGAUUUACCUAUUGCAAAAUCAUUCACCGUUAAACAUCAACCAUUCAAUAAUAUAUCACAUAUAUUUUCAUGCGUAUCAAAAGCCGGUAUUCGUUUGUUAAAUUUACUAUUGAUGUACGAUCCAUGCAAACGAGCCACCGCUGAUGAAUGCUUACAAAGCUCUUAUUUUCGUGAAUCUCCAUUGCCCUGUGAUCCAAGCGUGAUGCCAUCGUUUCCUCAAAAAUCGUGAAAAAUGAUUUUUUUUAUUAUGAUAUUUUUUAAGUUUCAACAACAUUUCUACAGCAAUAUGGAGCGUCUUAAGAAUAUAUAUUGACGCACCAAAAAAUGUUUAAAA